AUGUUGAUGUUGUUCAAUUCUCAAGAACGUGACCUCAAGGGCUGGCAAGAACUAUUCACGAAAGCAGAUCCCAGAUACUGCCUCAAAAGUAUCCAACGUAGUCCAGAGUCCUUUUUGUCCGUCAUCGAAUUUGUUUGGGGUGGGGAAGCAGAUAGCCAGAGGAUUACAUACAGCGACGGCAUGUCUCGGGAACACGCAAAAGAACAGGCAGUGGAAUCAUUACUUGUUCAACAUGAAACUGAUUAUGGAGGCAAAUCUAUAGAAGCUCUGUUUGCGUUAUAG